CUUUUUCAUUCUCUCCUCCCUUAACUCUCGAGUUCAUCCACUGAUCUAUUCCCGGUUAGAUACUGUAACGUUAUCGAGAGGUAGCCACCAUCAUCAAAUAGCUAGAUAUGGACGAUUUUGACAUGCUCAGCGCACCACAGGCUGCGGCCGGCAAUGGGACGGACGAAGACCCCGCUGCCGCAUUCUUGGCCCAGCAAGAAAGCGAGAUCGCGGGGAUUGAGAACGACGAAGGAUUCAGCAUCCUGGACAGCGGAGAGGUUCCAACGUCGCUAGACAACAAUCUGACAGGCGACGCAAACGAUGCAGUGGAUGGUGCUGUUAAUGGGGACAUUCAUGAGGAGAGCAACGGCCCGUCUGAUGCAUACUCAGCCAUCUCCAGUGCCGACCGGCUGCAGGCUGAGCCAGAGAGCCUGCGUAAAUGGAGGGAGGAGCAGAGAGAGAGGCUCGAGGUCCUAGAUGCUAACUCUCGUAAGCAGGAGUCUGAGUGGAAGGACAAAGCCAAGGUAGAGCUGGAGGAGUGGCACACUAGACAGGACGAGCAGCUGGAGAAGACUAAAGUGAACAACCGGGUGCUGGAUGAGGAUUUCUACAAACAACCCUUCUCUGACCUGAUUGGUUAUGUCACACACAUUAACCAUCCUUGCUACCGCCUAGACCAAGCGGCCGAGGAGGCCAUGCUGUCGGACAUGGACGAGAACAACCCGGGCACCGAGUGGGAGCGAGUGGCGCGCCUCUGCGACUUCAACCCAAAGUCCAGCAAGCAGGCUAAAGACGUGUCCCGCAUGCGCUCUGUCCUCAUCUCCCUCAAGCAGGCCCCUCUGGUCCGCUAACCCCAACCCUCUUCUCUCUCUGUUAGACGUCUCAAUUCAGUCCCUAACCCCUCCCCCUUGGCACUAACCAUUCAGUGUUUGAAUAUCUGAAGGCUCUGAAUACGUACUGUAUAAGCAGUGUAGUGGUGGAGCUUCUUACAAUCCACCAUGUUGCUUUCACCUUACAGAUCUGUUAACAUUGAGGGGAAGGGAGUGAAUUGAGACGGCUGUAUCUCUACCCUUUGCUAACCCUCUCUGGACCCAGAUUGCAACCAAACUCUCAUAGGGAAAUGUAUCAUCCCACCUACCUGACCUGGGGUCGUUCCCAGCCAACCCACCUACUUGGGGUAAUUUCCCACUUACCCAACCCACCUACCUGACCUGGGGUAAUUUCCCACUUACCCAACCCACCUACCUGACCUGGGGUAAUUUCCCACUUACCCAACCCACCUACCUGACCUGGGGUAAUUUCCCACUUACCCAACCCACCUACCUGACCUGGGGUAAUUUUCCUCCCAACCCGACUACCUGACCUGGGGUCAUUUUCCACUCACCCCGACUACCUGACCUGGGGUCAUUUUCCACUCACCCCGACUACCUGACCUGGGGUCAUUUUCCACUCACCCACCUACCUGACCUGGGGUCAUUUUCCACUCACCCACCUACCUGACCUGGGGUCAUUUUCCACCCAACCCACCUAACUGACCUGGGGUCAUUGUUGUACAUGGAUUGAUGAUAUUCCUCUCUUCCAUCUUCCUUUCCAUCAUUAAAGAACAAAAUAAGUAUACUUAUUUUUUGUUUCUAUUCUUUUAAGGACCAAACUGUUUAAGUGUGUUGUUGGAAACCAUUUUAGAACCAGCUUGUGGCAUUUAUUGUGACUAUUUCAAUCUAUGCAUUUUUUUCCCAUUUGAACCGUGAAUCAAGCACCGGUAAAUAUGUGCUCAAUAUAUGUGUGUAAGCAUCAAGGUUGGGGUCAAUUCCAUUUGAAAUUCCAGUUAAUUCAGAAAGUACACAAUUCCACAUCAAAUUUUUGAUAGUUGAAAAGCAUUGAAGAGAAUUGGAAUUUCAGUGUACUUCCUGAAUUGACUGGAAUUGCCCCCAAACCUGGUAAACAUCAUGUGGUGUAUCAUGUACUCUAUAUGUGUACCUAUGUACAUACAGGCAAUAUACAAAACGUUAAUGUCAUAAACAGAGUAGAAUUGUGGUUUAAAGAUUAACUGUAGCACCAAGUGUUGCUUUUAAUGUUCACUGUCCAUCGAUUUCAAUAUCAGUAAAACAUGAAUUCAA